AUUCCCGAGACUCAGGCUCUGGCUGCCAUGGACCGGCUGGCCAGUGUCCGCGCGCGGCUGCAGCAGUGGGAACGCGCUUUCGCACGGCUGCACGGGAGACGGCCAGCGCAGGAGGAUGUGGAGGCGGCACCCGAGGAGACCCGCGCGCUCUACCGUGAGUACCGGAACCUAAAACAGGCAGUGCGCCAGGCUCAGGACGGACGCCGCCGCAUCCCAGAGCAGUCUCUCGCCGCCGAGGCAGCUGAGGAGGCGCAGGAGCCAAGCUGCUGGGGUCCCCACCUGAAUCGAGCUGCAACCCAGAAUACACAGCCUAUGCCCAGGCAGAGACCACUGAGUUCAGUACAAGACUAUGGGAAGAGGCUCAAAGCCAAUCUGAAAAAAACAAAGCUACAGAUUAAGCCAACCCUGAGCCCCAAACUCCAGCCUCAGAAGAGAUCCUUGUCCACGGUACCCACCCUAAGGCCGCCAGACCCAAGGACCUGUCCAGAUGACACUAAUGAUGAACUUCCUCGGCUUCCUGAGCCCCAGCCAAGGCUAGGCCAGCUCCAACAGCUUCAGGCCUCCCUGAGCCUGAGGCUGAGUUCCCUAGACCCUGGCUGGUUGGAGCGGUGUCAGGACGGGCUUUCAGAGGUUCCCAGUGCCUGUGGACUUGACCUGGAUGCAAAGGAGUCACCACCGCAGAUACCAGGCAAGGUGAAUGUCCCUGAUCCUGGGAUCCAUUCAGAAGGAUCUUCACAGAGCCCAGAGGCCCUAGCCCUGCAGCCACAGAGCCCCAAAUCCAGCAACAAUAAAGACAGGAAACGGAAAUGGAGUGAGAAUUCCGAGGACUUUGCACAAGCCCAGGACAGCAGCCAAGCAGAACUGCUAUCUGAGGGAGCCAGGGCUGCGGCCCAUGAGAAAGACCCUCCAGGAGAGCCUGCUCAAGGGAAUGCAUCUCAGCCCCGAGAGUCCUCAAGUCAGGCCAGGACAGAGAAGGCUAAGGGCACAGCCCAGCUCCACAGCUCCCCGCGACCAGCUCUCCUGGACAGAGGGAACUACGUUCGGCUCAACAUGAAACAGAAGUGUUAUGUGCGAGUUGGGGCCAAUCGAGGCAGGCUUCUCCGAAAGCAGGUAUGGAAGCAAAAGUGGAAGAAGAAAAGAGAGCAGUUUGGGGGAAGCGGACCCAGAGCCACAGUCAAGGACACUUGUUUCCGGUGUGGACAGUCUGGUCACUGGGCAUCCCAAUGCUCCCAGCCAGGCUCCACCCAGACCUUCCAGGAAGGCGGCAGGGAUGACAAACAGCCCGUUUCCACUUUGGAAGAAGUGGCACAGAUGACAGGCGCUACUUCCUGUCACCUCUCUGGUGAGGACACAGAACCUGAUGGGCCAAAGGUACAAGUACCCUGUCCGCCCCGCCCAGUGUUGCCCCUCUACCCACCAGGGCCCUUGGGGCAGGUAGCAGAAAGCCCUCCUGAGGUGUUCCAGGCCCUACAGCAGCUGGGGCACCAAGCCUUCCGCCCCGGCCAAGAACGUGCAGUCAUGCGGAUUCUUUCCGGUAGGUGUGGCUGCCUAGGAACCGCACCAGGCUGGGUCUGGUCCAUCGGGCCUCAUAGCUGCCUUUUGUCCUGUCCAGGCAUCUCCACUCUGUUAGUGUUGCCCACGGGUGCUGGCAAGUCUCUCUGUUACCAACUUCCUGCGCUGCUCUAUGCCCGGCGAAGCCCCUGCCUCACCCUGGUGGUCUCUCCUCUCCUGUCACUCAUGGAUGACCAGGUGUCUGACCUGCCUUUGUGUCUGAAGGCAGCUUGCCUCCACUCAGGUAUGACCAAGAAACAACGAGAAUCUGUCUUGAAAAAGGUGAAAGCAGCCCAGGUGCAUGUGCUGAUUGUGUCCCCCGAGGCCUUGGUCGGGUGUGGGGCCAACUUCCCCCAGGCCACUCAGCUGCCUCCAGUUGCCUUCGCCUGCAUUGACGAGGUCCACUGCCUCUCUCAGUGGUCCCACAACUUCCGGCCCUGCUACCUGCGAGUCUGCAAAGUACUCCGGGAGCACAUGGGCGUGCGCUGCUUUCUGGGUCUCACGGCCACAGCCACGCGAAGCACUGCGCGCGAUGUGGCCCAGCACCUGGGCAUAACCGAAGAACUUGAGCUCAGUGGGCUGGCCACCAUCCCUGCCAAUCUGCACCUCUCCGUGUCCAUGGACAGAGACUCAGACCAGGCUCUGGUGACCUUGCUGCGGGGUGACCGGUUUUGCGCCCUGGAUUCUAUCAUCGUCUACUGCACUCGGCGGAAGGACACAGAACGCGUGGCUGCCCUCCUCCGGACCUGCCUGUCUGUGGUGACGCAUCCAAGGCCUAAAGGUAGGCGUGUGUGGGGUCUGGCCCCCAGAGGCCCUUUCCUCUGCAUGCCUGCUGUGGUCCCCUCAACCGCUUGUACACCUUCCUCUAAAGGUUGUGGCCCUGAGGCUGUGGCCGAAGCCUACCAUGCUGGCAUGUGCGGCCAGGAACGGCGACGCGUGCAGCAGGCCUUCAUGCAGGGCCACCUGCGGGUGGUGGUGGCCACCGUAGCCUUCGGGAUGGGGCUGGACCGGCCAGACGUCCGGGCUGUGCUACACCUGGGGCUGCCCCCAAGCUUCGAGAGCUACGUGCAAGCCAUCGGCCGCGCGGGCCGUGAUGGGAAGCCUGCCCACUGCCACCUGUUCCUGCAGCCCCAGGGUGAGGACCUCUGGGAACUACGCAGACAUGCCCAUGCUGACGGCACCGACUUCUGGGCUGUGAAGAGACUGGUGCAGCGUGUGUUCCCGCCCUGCACGUGCGCCCCGAGGACCGUCACCAACUCCCUGCUGGGGGAGGCCAGAGAGCACAAUGGCCGGCCAGCAACCCCUGGAGCGGGACCGGCCUGCCCGGGCCAUAAGCGGGUGCUCCCGGUGCAGGCCACAGUACAGGCUCUGGACAUGACGGAGGAGGCUAUCGAGACUCUGCUGUGCUACCUGGAACUCCACCCUCGCCGCUGGCUGCAGCUGCUGCCAUGUACCUAUGCCCAUUGCCAUCUGCGCUGCCCCGGGGGCCGUGCCCAGCUGCAAGCUCUGGCCCACAGGUGUCCCCCUCUGGCCGCGUGCUGGGCCAAGUGGCCACCCAAAGAGACCCGUCAGGGCAGCAGCUCCCUGGAGUUUGACAUGGUGGAGCUGGCCGACUCGAUGGGCUGGGAGCUGGCCUCCGUCCGGCGGGCUCUGCACCAGCUGCAAUCGGACCAACAGCCAAAGAGAGGUGCACCGCGCGGCACAGGGGUGCAUGUGGAGUUCAGCGAGUUGGCCUUCUCCCUGCACAGUCCUGGAGACCUGACAGAUGAGGAGAAGGACCAGAUCUGUGACUUUCUGUACAGCCGCGUGCAGGCUCGUGAACGCAAGGCCCUGGCCCACCUGCACCACAUAUCCAAGGCCUUUCGCAGCGUGGCCUUCCCCAGCUGUGGACCCUGUCUCGAGCAGUGUGAUGAGGAGCGCAGCAACCGGUUGAAGACCUUGCUCGGCCACUACUUUGAGGAAGAGGAAUCUGUGAAGGAUGAGCAGGGUCCAGAGCCCGGGCAGAAUGAGCUUCAGGACUGGGAGGACCAUAUUCGUCGUGAUGUCCGUCAGCUCCUGUCCGUGAGGCCAGAGGAAAGGUUUUCAGGACGGGCUGUGGCCCGCAUCUUCCAUGGCAUUGCGAGUCCGUGCUACCCAGCCCAGGUAUAUGGGCAGGACCGGCGCUUCUGGAGAAAGUAUCUACAUCUGAACUUCCACGCCCUGAUGCGCCUGGCUACAGAGGAGCUCCUGCUGAUAGGCCGAUAAGCACUCUCCAUGGGAGAGGGCUCCA